UGAGUUCAAGACAACUGGGAAAAACCGAGCUCCGUCUGAGAAAAAUAGUUUUCCAGGUUCCAAGUUCUCUUGAAACCACCGUUAUAGCAAGCUGGUGUCCGACGCCACGGUCUAUGACGUUGCACGCAACCAUUGGUUGAUGAAUGCAACGUCUGAGCAGGGGAACGCGACCGAAAUUACGCUCAGCUUUAUAGCCUGCGUUUACACCAUCAGGUUUAUACGAGUGUGUUUAGUGGAAGCGCGGUGAGAUGAUCUACAGUGCGCGCGGGACUACACUCUGACCUACACACCAGCUGGCAUCUGCAACAAGAAAGACAAUUUUGCAUGUACACAUAAAAAUUAUAUUUAUUACAUCUGCAGAAAACAAUUGUCAAGUGAACCUUAAAUAAUUCUACCAUCAUGGAACUUGACGCGUCUAUCAUUCUCCCUGCGCUCUUCUUUACCAUUCUUGCUGUUGUCUUGGCAGCCAAAUUCAUCCCCAAAAAACUACCAGAGGGGCAGAAGAAGAGGGUUAAAGUAGGCAACGGAGACGACAUUCCUCCUUCCAGAGCAUUGACACCUGCAGUAGGAGUAGUGGAAGUACCAAAAGUGGAGAUGGUACCCCCACAAGUGGUAGAAGCUGAAGUUCUAACCGAGCCAGUAACAGUUGCCCCAGUAGUUGAAGAGAUCAAUGUUGCAGAAGAAGAGACAGUUAAAGAGCCUGAAAUGAUCCUCGAGGUUCAGGCUGUGCCAGAGCCCGUGGUUGAGCCAGAACCCGUGCCUGAGCCCAUCACUGAGCCAGAGCCCAUCCCAGUCGUUGUUGAGGAGCCCAUCCUUGAGCUCAUCGCCGAACCUGAACCUGUAUCUGUGAUGAAGGAGGUCCCCGUCAGAGAGCUCUCCCCUGAGCCAGCAAGGGAACCCAAGCCAGCGAGGGAACCCACCCCUGAGCCCAUCUUCGUGCCAGAGCCAGAGGACCUUGAGAGCAAUGCUGAGGUGCACUUUACCCCAGGAAUGAAGAUUAGCAAGUUGGAGAAGCUGAUGACCAAGGAGGAGAUGGAGGAGGAGCAGAGGGUGCAAAACGAUCAGUUGGCGGCCAUCUUUCUCCUGCUGAUGCAGAACCAGGAGGCACUAGGGGAGGUGACUGAGGGAGACAUGGAGGAGCAGCUCAAACUCUACUCCCUGUAGCAGAAUGGGGCGGUUCUGUUAUUGUCAACCCUGUAUAGGGCUGAAUAACCUGUUCCCCUUUUUAAAGUGCAGGUGUCAAGCAGAGCAACUGUCAAUGUAUAAUACCGUAUUUAUGUUUGACUUGUCAGGUCAGAAUGAUCCAUAACAUACAAAGACAAUAGGUUUAAUAUUCUGACAUACUGGAGAGGGAUAGGUUAAAUGGCAUUACCCAUAAGACUUUAUACUGUUUUUGUUCUGUUAACAUUGGUUAUUGUUAAGUAUGGCAAUGUUACAGUGGCUUUAAAAAUCACAUGUUCUUAGAGUAUGUACAAUUGCAGUAACUUAUUGACAUUAAGUACAUCGAUAACACACUUUUUUAUAUUACUUACAUUUUUUUAUGAAAUAAGUCACAUAUACUGUAUAUAUUUUCAGUUGUAAAGAACUAUUUUGGAAUUACUUUGUAGUGUUAAUAUAGGUAAUAUUGAAAUAUACACUUAGUGUACAAAACAUGACAUUGACUGACCAGGUGAAUCCAGGUGAAAGCUAUGAUCCCUUAUUGAUGUUACUUGUUUAUUAUGGCUGCAAUCCCGUUAAUGGGAUGUUUUGACAACAGCCAGUCAAAGUGCAGGGCGCCAAAUUCGAACAGCAAAUUCGAACAGAAAUCUCAUAAUUAAAAUUCCUCAAACAUACAUGUAUUUUAUACCAUUUUAAAGGUAAUCUUGUUGUUAAUCCCACCAAUGUGUCCAAUUUCAAAUAGGCUUUACAGCGAAAGCACCACAGACGAUUAUGUUAGGUCACCGCAAAAUCACAGAAAAACAGUAAUUUCUCCAGACAAAGACAGGAGUCACAAAAAGCAGAAAUAGAGAUUAAAUUAAUCACUAACCUUUGAUGAUCUUCAUCAGAUGACACUCAUAGGACUUCAUGUUAAACAAUACAUAUAUGUUUUGUUCGAUAAAGCUCAUAUUUAUAUCCAGAAACCUCAGUUUACAUUGGCGCCAUGUUCAGAAAUGCCUCCAAAAUAUCCUGGGAAAUUGCAGAGAGCCACGUCAAAUAGCAUAAAUACUCAUCAUAAACUUUGAUGAAAGAUACAUGUUUUACAUAUAAUUAAAGAUACACUUGUUCUUAAUGCAACCACUGUGUCAGAUUUCAAAAAGCUUUACGGCAAAAGCACAAUAUUCAAUAAUCUGAGAACAGCGUUCAGCCACAAAAGGAAGCCAUACAUUUACCCGCCAAAUUGUGCAGUCAACAAAACUCAUAAAAAGCAUUAUAAAUCUUCACUUACCUUUGCUGAUCUUUGUCGGAAUGCACUCCCAGGACUCCCACAAGAAAUGUUUGUUUUGUUCGGUAAUGUCCAUCAUUUAUGUCCAAAUAGAUAUUUUUGUUAGCGUGUUUGGUAAACGAAUCCAAAGUCAGAAACGCGUUCACUAAAAGCUGACAAAAUGUCAAAAAGUUCCGUAACAGUCAGUAGAAACAUGUCAAACGAUGUAUUGAAUCAAUCUUUGGAAUGUUUUUAACAUAAAUCUUCAGUAACGUUCCAACAGGAGAAUUACAUUGACUUCAGAUAUGCGAUGGAACAGAGCUCCCUCUCAUGUGAACGCGCAUGGUCAGAGCAUGGCCAGGGCAUGGUAGACCUGACUAUUUCCUGUCUCCUUCGGCCCCACUUCACAGUAGAGGCAUCAGACAAGGUUCUACAGAUUGUUGACAUCUAGUGGAAGCCGUAGGAAGUGCAAACUCAUCCAUAUCCCACUGUUUGUUCAAUAGGGGUUGUGUUGAAAAUCUACCAACCUCAGAUUUCCCACUUCCUGUUUGGAUUUUUUCUCAGGUUUUUGCCUGCAAUAUGAGUUCUGUUAUACUCACAGACAUCAUUCAAACAGUUUUAGAAACUUCAGAGUGUUUUCUAUCCAAUAUGAAUAAUAAUAUGCAUAUAUUAGCAACUGGGACUGAGGAGCAGGCAGUUUACUAUGGGCACCUAUGUGCACCUUUCACCCAAGCUACUCAAUACUGCCCCUGCAGCCAUAAGAAGUUAAAUCCACUUCAGUCAGUGUGGCUGAAGGGGAGGAGACAGGUUAAAGAAGGAUUUGUAAGCCUGGAGACAAUUGAGACAUGGAUUGGGUGAAUGGGCAAACAAAAGCUUUAAGUGCUUUGAAAGGGUUAUGGGUUGUAGGUGCCAGGUGUACCGGUUUGAGUGUGUCAAGAACUGCAAAGCUGCUGGGUUUUUCACUCUCAAUAGUUUCCUGUGUGUAUCAAGGUCCACCACCCAAAGGACAUCCUGUCGGAAGCAUUGGCGUAAACAUGGGUCAGCAUCCCUGUGGAAUGCUUUCGACACCUGUAGAGUCCAUGCCCUGACGAAUUUAGUCUGUUCUGAGGGAAAGGGGGGUAUUAGGUAGGUGUUCCAAAUGUUUGUACACUCAGUGUAUAUGUUUUUCAUAUAUUCUAAGCACUCCAUAUUUUGAAUCAAAUGUUUUUAAUGGAUGUACAUACUGUAUGGAGAUGUUUUAGUAGUUUGUUUAGAGUCUCAAGCGAUGAGGUUUUAAUGGUUAGUACCACAGGUGGCUGGUGGCACCUUAAUUGGGAAGGACGGGCUCAUACUAAUGGCUGGAACGAAAUAAAUGAAAUGGUAUCAAACAUGUCAAACACAAAGUUUCCUUGUGUUUGUUACCAUUCCAUAUAUUCCAAUCCAGCCAUUAUUAUGAGCCGUCCUCCCCUCAGCAGCCUCAUGUGGUUAGUACUCUGGUGUAUCUUUUUACCAGUUAUUUUAUUAAAUAAUAUGACACUCAAAA